AUGAAAAGUCGAAACGAUAGCCGAAAGGAAAAGCGAAACGACGAAAAGACAUUCGAUCCUCAACCCGAUAUCGACGCACUUUUACAGGCGAGGCAAGAUGUCCUUCCGUACUUGGAACGUCGCAUGAAAACACAUAUGCCAACGUACAUUUUCCCGCGCGAGAUCAUGGACAAGAAGAGGAGUGUCAACAAAGGAGGUACUCCAUCAUUUCUAAAGAAGAUCUGGUUCCCGCAGACUUUGAAGUUCCUGCGCGGAAUUCGAAGGAAGAAGGUUACUGACUUGCUUAUGCCGAUGAUUGCUAAGGAUAAAUUACCGGUUGAGCUUAUGGAUACGAUCGCUGGCUUUUAUUAUGGUGCGGAGUUCAUGGCGAGGGCGGCGACUGUUGCCAAGCAGACUGCUGCGAAAUACAGCUCCAGUGGGUGCAAUGCUGAAGCGCGGGCUCUCCGAUGGUGA